AUGGAGGAAAAUGUAGAUGUUAGAAAUGUAUCGAUUAUGAUCGCAGAGAAUAGAGAGCAAUAUGGUAAAAAAUUUACGGAAUAUAUCAUAGAUGUUACCACAUCAAGUGGCAGUGAAUAUACUAUAGCAAGAAGAUUUAGCGAGUUUUUUUCAUUAUAUGAAUUGUUGGUACAUAAUUUUCAAAUACAAUUUCAAUUUCCCCCUAAAAAACUAAAUAAAUUUAGCGGUAAUAUUAUAGAAGCAAGAAAGAAAUCAUUACAAGAUUUUUUAAAGUUUUUAGUAAUUCAUCCAUCUUUAUCAGUAAGAAAGUCAUCAGAUUUAUCAAGAUUCUUGGAUCAAAAUACACCAAACUUUAAUAAUAAAUUAACAAAAGAGAAAGUUACAUUUGAAGAAGUAAAUCAAAAAAAGAAAUCAAUUAAAUUAGAAUUAUCAAUUGUCGAGGGUAGAGAUUUUAAAAUACCAAAGAAAUCAAUGUGGGAUAUAGUUUCAUUUGUAAUGUGGGAGGUUGGUCAUGAGCCAGACCCAUCAACUGUAAAGAGCUCAAAUAAAACACCUCUUAUUGCCGGACCCUACCCAAGAUUUGGCCAUAAAACAAGAGUUACAAUUAAAAAAGAUUCUGAAAAAAUUCUCUAUUUUAAAAUAUUUAACAAAGACACAGGCGCAGUAGGUUCAGCAGCUUCAACUCAUGGCGGUGCAGAUAGCAAUCAUAAUAGUAGUAGUAGCUUGGGUUCACCACCAAAUUCACCAACCCGUGGCAAUAAUGAUAAUAUAGAGUUAAUUGGCACAUGUUCAAUCGAUAUUGAAAAAUUACAAAUUACAAAUCAGUCACCAACAUUACAUGUUUUACAAUUGGAGCCUGAAGCCGGUGAAAUUGUAAUAAGUUUAGUAUUAGUUUAA